AUGCCCAGUAUAUUGCCUGUAGUUGACAAGGGACUGUCCCCGCAGUCCGGGCACGGCAGGCAUGUCGCUGCCAUUUUCCACCGAGUAUACCAGGAGCGCGGAGGCACUAUUCGAAGUUAUUUUCUGUGGCUGGCUUGA